AUGUACAUUCCAGGAACAGCUCGCGUAAAUAUACGUCUCAAUGGCACAGAUUUUUCUGCUCGAGCACUUAUUGAUUCUGGUUCUGAGUGUUCGUUCAUAACAGAACGACUCAAACGCAGAAUCAACCUGCCAGCUAAGAGAAUGCAUGCCCAAGUCUCGGGCAUUACGAAUGCAACUCAUGCGCAGGUUAAAGAGGCAUGCAGCAUAGAACUUCGAUCCCCAGUUGAUCCAUUGUUCAGCCUGCACGCAACGGUGCUCGUCCUAACAAAACUAACUGGAAAUCUACCAUCCUGUCAUAUCAGCGCCAUGACUAUGCAGGCAUUUCCAGGUCUUGUUCUAGCUGAUAAACGGUUCUACGUUCAUGAAGAAGUAGACCUCGUACUUGGCGGAGAUAUUUAUCCCCAAAUUAUUUUAUGCGGCCUGAAGAAAAAUGUACUUAGUACACUUCUCGCCCAAGAAACCGUGUUCGGUUGGAUAUUAACCGGUUGCACAGAUGCACCCAAUCCAACCAACAAUAUAGUUUCGUAUCACAGUGAAGUUGCCUUGGACAAACAACUUACUGCAUUGUGGGAACUAGAAGACAUAUCAAAAACCAAAAGCUUGAACGAAGACGACAAAUACUGUGAUGAGCUUUAUCGGAAGACAACUCGUAGACGAGAAGACGGAAAAUACGUAGUCUCGCUACCAUUUCGGCAGAAAUUUCCCACAAACAUCUGCCUAGGCCCUUCUCUUAAAAAAGCAUGCUCUCAGUUCUUCCGGAAUGAGACACGGCUUGCAAAGGAUACCAUCCUACAAAAAGAGUAUAAUAGGGUACUAGCUGAAUAUGAAUCACUAGGACACAUGUCCAGAAUAAAUGAUAGUAUUUCAGCAGACUCUUCCGAUAACUACUUUUUGCCUCACCACGCUGUCAUAAAGGCAGAAAGUACUUCCACCAAAGUUCGAGUCGUCUUUAAUGCCUCAAGUCCAACGGCUAAUGGCACAAGUCUGAACGAUGUACUUCUCCCAGGUCCAGUUCUCCAAGCAGAUCUUCCGAUCCUUAUACUCCGCUGGAGGUUAUACAGAUACGUUUUUAAUAGUGACAUCGAGAAGAUGUACCGAAAAAUUUGGGUGGAUAGCAACCAUACCAAAUAUCAGCGGAUAGUUUUCCGUACAAACCCGAACGAACCUGUAGGUCUAUACGAAUUAAAGACUGUCACUUUCGGGAUUAAUUGUGCUCCUUACCUCGCGAUAAGGACACUUCUACAACUGGCUGACGAUGUAGAAAGCUCUUCCCCAAUAGCAUCUAACAUACUACGGAAAUGCAUGUAUGUGGAUGACGUGCUAGCUGGAGGACAUAGCAUUGACUCUACCGUAAAAGCAAGAAAUGAAAUCUCUGAAGUACUACGGUCAGCCGGAUUUCCGCUAAGGAAAUGGACCUCAAACUGUGCGGAAAUUCUAAAGGACAUCCCAAAAACGGAUUUACUCAGUGAAGACUUUUUGGCAUUCGAAGACACCAGCACGGUUAAGGCUCUUGGCAUAAGAUGGAAUGCCCAUACGGAUCUUUUCUAUUUCAUGGCAAGACCAUUGGAGGACCGCGAUACACUUAAAAAAAGUGCGAUACUAUCAGCUAUCGCCAAGCUAUUUGAUCCUCUAGGAUGGCUUGCUCCAAUAGUCGUCGUGGCCAAAAUACUCAUGCAAAGGCUAGAAGGCAUAGACUGGGAUGAGACUGUGUCUUCUAUAACUUUGGAACGCUGGCAGAAUUUUACCAAACAUUACCAUGCAAUAGACAAUAUUAGAAUACCUCGAUGGGUACAGUUCGCACCAGGAGAUGACAUCGAGAUACAUGGUUUCUGCGACGUAUCGGAAAAAGCAUAUGCGGCUACUGCAUACAUGCACGUCAAAAGAGAUGACAAAGUUUUGGUCAACCUUUUUUUGGCAAAAACCAAAGUAGCUCCUGUCAAAACAAUAUCGCUACCACGACUAGAGCUUUGCGGAGCCGUACUGCUCGCGGAAAUCAUAGAAUCCGUAAUCAAGAACCUCGACCUAGGGCAAGUUAAAACAUAUCUUUGGACAGAUUCGACCAUCGUACUCGCAUGGAUACGAAAGCCGCCUUGUUCUUGGUCAACUUUCGUCGCACACCGAAUUACGAAAAUAGUAGAAAAGGUCGUACUGGGUACGGAUGAGGCGAAGGAUGAGUUGAUUUUCUCCGUGCAAGGAGACUUGGUGGAUCAACAGGACGAUAAGACGAGACAAUCUGCAAUUAUACGGGAUAAUGAUUGGGUGGCGCUCAUUAUAUGCUAA